CCUUGAGAUAAGCGCAGACCCAAUAAUAUUUGAUUUAGAGGCACUGUUGGAAAUUGGAUCGGUGAUUGGAUUGAUUUUUAUACCAAAACCCGUCCCAAAUCCACCCAGUUAAUGCUGUGUCCGAACCCGAAUUAGAAAUCUAAAAAUCAAAAUCAAAGUAACUGUGGGAACGACGCCAGAAGGUUGAAAUCGUCUUCAAAACUGAAGUGGUUUAAUCUUUAUUGUUUGGAAACUGUCUUCAAUCUAUUGCCAAUUGUUUGGAACCCGUGUGAUGGAGUGAUCUUUGAAGCUAGGUAAAAACAUGUAAAAAGAACGAUAUCAAUUCAACGAUUCCACUCUCUGAGCAACCAAAGUGGAUCAAGAUGGCAAUCAAAUCAUCAACGAAUAACGAUCCAUCUCGAAUUUCCCACACAAGAAUCGUUGUGCGAUCAGCAAUCGUGUCAAGACUUGGUGUACUAACCCUAAUGGUAAUCUGGAGAUCAAUACUCAGCCCUUACGAUACCUCCGCCUCUAUAAACCCUAGCUGCCUCUCUUCCACCACCACUGACCGCGACGAACAGCUUGUCCUAUUUCCUCGCAUCGCCGCCGCUAUUGAAAAUGGGAUCGUAUGGGACAGCGUGUACUUCGUCAGAAUCGCUCAAUGCGGUUACGAAUAUGAACAAACAUUUGCUUUCUUGCCUCUUCUUCCUUUGUGCAUUUCGUUGUUGUCUCGAACAGUUCUUCUGCCAUUGACUCCACUUGUUGGACAUAGGGCUGUGUUGGCAUUGUCUGGAUAUUUACUUAACAACAUCUCAUUCGUUUUUGCUGCACUGUUUCUCUACAGGCUUUCUGUUAUUGUUCUCAAGGACUCAGAGGCUUCAUUGAGAGCAUCAAUCUUGUUUUGCUUCAAUCCAGCAUCUAUAUUCUAUUCAUCCAUAUACUCUGAAAGUUUAUAUGCAUUAUUAUCAAUUGGAGGAAUCUACUUCUUAAUGUCUGGUGCAAAUCUUUUAGCACUACUCUCACUUGCUUUCUCUGGAUUUUCAAGAUCAAAUGGGGUGCUUAAUGCAGGCUAUAUCGGUUUCCAGACCAUUCAUAGAGCUUAUGAUGCUGUAUUUCUUCAAAAGAGUGCAUAUUUGGCAAUUAAGGUUCUUAUAUCUGGAAUUUUGCGUUGCUUAUUUGUUUUUGUUCCAUUUGUUGGGUUUCAAGCAUAUGGAUAUUACAGUUUCUGUGAUGGAAAUAAUCCGGAUAAAUUAAGGCCUUGGUGUAAAGCAAGGAUUCCUUUGGUGUACAAUUUUAUUCAAAGUCAUUAUUGGGGGGUUGGUUUUCUAAAAUAUUUCCAGCUAAAACAGUUGCCAAAUUUCCUUCUUGCAUCACCAAUCCUUUCGAUUGCAAUCUGCUCAAUAAUCCAUUACGUGAAGCUACAGCCUGAGGUCUUCUUUUCACUUGGUUUCCAAGUUGCUCCAAAAAGCUAUGGAGUAGAUAAAAACAACACUCACACAUCAACAGUAAUUCAAGAAUCAGAAGAAGAUCGGACUCUGAAAAGGAGAAAACAUAGCACAAAAGAAGAAGAGGGUCCCACUCCCACUCCCACUCCCAUUCCCACUGUGCUUUUAAAGAAUGAUGAAAAAUUAGGAAAAUUUUCCAUCAUUAUCAUACCAUUCAUCUUACACUUGGGGUUCAUGGUGGCUACAGCGUUUUUUGUCAUGCAUGUUCAGGUUGCAACAAGGUUUUUGUCUGCAAGCCCUCCAUUGUAUUGGUUUGGGGCGUAUGUUUUGGCAGCUCAUGGGAAGGGUUGGGGAUACUUGAUAUGGGGAUACUGUGUAGCCUACAUCCUCAUUGGAAGUCUUCUCUUUUCAAAUUUUUACCCUUUCACUUAAAACCUUUUUUCAAGUUUGAAGAAGCUAGAGAAGAUUUGGAAACCUGUUAUUGGUGCUUAAAAGACGAUGUAUAUGUACAUGAAGUAGAUGGUUAAAGUCAUAUAGAAGGACUAGACCUAACUUUUGUGCCCGUUAGAGAAAGCUCCAAUUUGAUGAAAAACCUAACUUGAUUUUUCAAACAAAAAUGGGUAGGGUUGAAGGAGGAAGAAGGGUUUUGGGCAAAAUUGCAGCAUUUUGGUGGUGUGGUGGUGAAGGUGUGGGUAAAAGUAGGGGGAGUUUAGAAGCAUUUUCUUAAAAAAUUCAGAGGAAUCUUGAUGUGUUACAUGCAAUAGCAGAGGAUUUUACAUUUUAGAACAAAAUAUAAGCUGUCUUUUGUUAACUUCUACUUCUAAAUAUAUCUUACAUUCUCCCUUCUUACACAUUAUAAAUUUACACCGGCUUCCAGCCUUAUACUUCUCUAAAUUUUGGGCGUUCUUACACAAGAUCAUACUCCAUCCGUUCCAAAAUUAUUGUCUAC